CUCAAUCAUGCUCAACGUUAUCACAUUGAAUCCCAAGAUCCCAUGGCCAGUACAGAGAUGCAACAAGUCUUUCGAGCGCCAGCCUCCACCUCAUCCCGCUAUGCCAACAAAACAGUGCCGCACAAAAAUUUGGUAUUCGCCGUUCUUCUACCCGGCGUGGAGUUGGAUAACAAAAACGAUUGUGUUAUGGUAAAGGUAUUGGCCGUCUUGGAAUUGGCCAUAAAUCAUAUACAUCGCAUGGGGUUUGCCCAUAAUGCAGAAAUUGAUUUCACUUUGAUAUCUCGAGACACAAACUGCUCCUCGAUCCACGGUCCAAUUGGUUUCUUUGAAAUCUAUAUGCGUUUUCCGGAAAUCAAUGCCGUCAUGGGCCUGUCAUGUGAAUAUGUAUUGGCACCAAUAUCCCGUUAUGCUGGCGUCUGGAAAAUACCCGUACUCACCUCGGGCGGCAGUGCCAAAGAUUUUGGCAAUAAGGCAUCUUCCUAUCCUACUUUGACCAGACUGCGAGGCUCCUUGGCCAAUAAUUUGGGAAAUGUUGUCAAGGGGAUUUUGGAAAGUUUCAAUUGGACCACCACAGUGUUGAUAUAUCAGAAUGAGGAUACCAAAACCAAGGGCAAUUCGGUGUGUUUCUUCUGUGCCGUUGUGGUUCACGACAAGGUCCAUUCGGGUUAUCAACAGGCAAUGGACACGGAGAAAUGGACAAAAGCCAGUAUUAAAUUGUUGCUCAACACUAUUGCGAAGAAGGCGAGAAUUGUCAUUAUGUGUGCCGAUCCGCAUAAUAUACGGCAAAUUAUGCUAACAGCCGAGGAGCUAAAUAUGAUCGAUAGUGGGGAAUAUGUUUUCAUAAAUAUUGAAUUGUUUUCAAGAUCACCCUAUCUAACCUCCCAGCCCUGGUAUGAUAAAAAUGAUACAGCGGAAAAUAAUGAACGAGCCCGUAAAGCCUACACAGCAAUGUUAACGGUAACACCUAAACAACCGGAUGAUGAGGAAUAUACCAAAGUAUCGGAUGAGAUUAAAUCCAUCGCAAAGGCCAAAUACAAUUACACGUUCCAUGACAAUGAACCCAUAUCGGUGUUCGUUACCUCCUUUUACGACGGCGUCCUGCUGUAUGCCAAUGCGCUGAAUGACAGCAUACGUGAAGAUCCCACAGUGCUGACACGUCCCAUCAAUGGUACGGAUAUGGUGCGUCGCAUGUGGAAUCGUAGUUUUAUGGGUAUAACGGGAAAUGUGACAAUCGAUGCCAAUGGUGAUCGGAUCUCUGCCUACUCGUUGCUGGAUAUGAAUCCAACGACGGGGCGUUUUGAAAUUGUGGCACAUUUUCAACACAACAAAUUGGAAUAUGUGCCGGGCAAAACCAUACAUUGGGCUGGGAAUCGUUUGGAUCCACCCUUGGAUAGGCCGGUGUGUGGUUAUGAUGGUUCGCUGUGUCCCGAUAAUUCUCUGCCAGGCUAUGCCAUACUCUCUUUGGUCCUUGGCGUGGUGGUGGUCAUCAUGAGUGUUUGUUUCUUCUUUGGCUAUCGCCAUUACAAAUCGGAGGCUGAAAUCAAUUCCAUGGCAUGGAGGGUAAAUAUCGACGAUGUAAUUUUCCACAAUUCCGCAGGUCGCUGCUUCCGUGGCUCGUUACACUCCCUAGUCAAGCAUAACUCACAAAUGACCCUGAUGUCGGAUGAUAUGGGCUCGCUAAGUGGUGAUCGUCAAAUAUUUAUACCCGUGGGCCUAUUUCGUGGUUGUAAAGUUGCCAUCAAAACGGUGGACGAGAGGAACAUUACCCUCAACCGCUCACUGAUGUUGGAAUUAAAGAGAAUGAAGGAUUUACAACAUGACCAUUUGGUGAAAUUUUUCGGAGCCUGCCUAGAUCCAGCUAAGAGUUUCAUUCUAACGGAAUAUUGUCCAAAGGGUUCGCUGCAGGACAUUUUGGAAAAUGAUCAAUUCCAAUUGGAUUGGAUGUUUAAGCUGUCUCUGAUGCAUGAUAUUGUCAGGGGUAUGCAAUUUCUGCAUAAUUCCGAUAUUAAAGCUCACGGAAAUUUGAAAUCUUCGAAUUGUGUUGUGGAUUCAAGAUUUGUGUUGAAGAUAUGUGAUUUUGGUUUGCAUACCUUGCGGCGGAAUAGUUACGAUAAGGAAAAUGAUGUGGAGAAUUGUAACAGUCAUUCGUAUUGGAGUAAACUUUUAUGGACCGCCCCAGAGCUGUUGAAAAUGGAACACAAUCGCCCAGCGGAGGGUACCCAAAAAGGAGAUGUCUAUUCAUUUGCCAUUAUUGUCCAUGAAAUUAGUACCCGCCAGGGCCCAUUUUAUUUGGGUAAAUUGGAAGAGGAGAAAUCACCACAAGAAAUAAUCUAUCUGGUAAAAGGUUAUCCACAUAUCGUCCAAACACCUUUCCGACCGCUGGUUGUUGACAUUCCCAACGAUUAUAGGGAAAUAAAUACAGUUAUGCAGAAAUGUUGGUCCGAAGACCCAGCUGAGAGACCAGAUUUUAAUGCUCUUAAAUCGAUUAUAAGGAAUAUUAAUAAGGAUAAUGAAACCGGGCAUAUUGUCGACAAUCUACUCAAACGUAUGGAACAGUAUGCCAACAAUUUGGAAGAACUGGUCGAAGAACGUACCCAAGAUUAUAUUGAGGAAAAGAAGAAAUGUGAAAAACUUCUGUAUCAACUCUUACCACAAAGUGUGGCUGCCCAGUUGAUAUCGGGAGAACCGGUGGUAGCUGAAACAUUCGAUCAAGUUACCAUUUAUUUCUCCGAUAUUGUUGGCUUCACAGCCAUCUCGGCAGAAAGUACACCCAUGCAAGUGGUGCAAUUCCUGAAUGAUCUCUAUACAUGUUUUGAUUCGAUUGUGGAAAAUUUCGAUGUCUACAAAGUGGAGACCAUAGGCGAUGCCUAUAUGGUAGUCUCAGGCCUGCCCAUACGCAAUGGUAAUCAACAUAGUAGAGAAAUUGCCCGCUUGGCUUUAGCCCUACUCGAGGCUGUGCAUAAUUUUAAGAUACAUCAUCGGCCAAAUGAUAAACUCAAACUGAGAAUUGGUCUACACACCGGGGCCUGUGUGGCUGGUGUGGUGGGUUUGAAAAUGCCCCGCUACUGUUUGUUUGGUGAUACCGUGAAUACCGCCUCACGCAUGGAAUCCAAUGGUGAGGCAUUGAAAAUUCACAUAAGUGAAAAAACUAAAUUGGCACUGGAUGCCUUUGGUACCUUUAUCACGACGAAACGAGGUUAUGUUCCCAUGAAGGGUAAAGGUGAAAUGUUAACCUAUUGGCUGGAGGGUGAAGUACCCAAAGUGGAAACACCGAUAUCACCACAAAAACUUAUGCUUUCACGGCGUUCCUCGCUGAAGCAAGUGCCGCGCCAUGGCCUUUUGCAUAAACAAAACUCCGAAGCCUCAGCAUUCCUGCCACCACCUUAUAAUCAACAGCUGGACAUUGCACGUUCGGUGAGCCGACAAAAUUCUCCCAAUUUGCGAGUGAAACGCAAGAUAUCCUCAUCAUCGCCCAAAUUGAAUGGUAACGAUUUUAAGACUGAUGAUUUUUAUAAUUAUCUGGAGGUAAAUGCCCUGAAUAGCAUGAAACUCUCACCACCGCAUAGUGAUAUUUAUAGUAGUAGGUCGCUGAAGGACGACGCCAAGGAUGGCUGCUGGGAAAUGGCCAAUUUCCGUUUACCGCUAUCGGGUACCCUGAAACCUCAUCAUCACAACAGCAGUAAUCCCAAACACAGUUACACCCAGCUGUCGUCCACCCAAUCAAAUUCCAAUUUGUCCGGUGUGCUGCAACCGAAUUCCGGCUCAAGGCUGCGAAUGAAAAAUUCACCCACCAUUUCAAGUCUGAUAAAUAACAGUGAUACGGCCAGUUUGGGUAGUUCGACACGUAUCAAAUUCAGCAUUAACAAUGAAAGUUCGGAGGAGACACAAAAUCUCGUCUCAUCACAUGUCUAUGAGGAUGAUGAAGGCGAGGCAGAGGCUGAAGCUAAUAUGAUAAAUCGCCAAGAUCACGACGAAUACGAUGACGACGAGGAGGAGGAGGAGGAUGUUGACGAUGUUGCUGGGGAGCAAAUUGUCGAGACUCCCUCAACGCGGGAACGUAAAACCGCAAUUGUUAUGCCCCAACCACCAGCCAUAAAUGGAGAUCUGUACUAUCAGCGUUCACCAUCGGUGACAAAUAUACAAUGUGAUGUUGAAGCGCCACCAAUGAAUAAUUUCUUUCAUCCCCCACCACUAAGUUCACUGACCGGGAAUUUCACCAUUCCACCACCCGCCGCCGCCAUCAACACCUCCAAUUAUGUCAAAGUCAAUAAUUGCCGAAAUGUUAAUCAAUUUUUGACAAAUAACUCAUCGAAUAAUAGUCAACAUUUACUCACAUCCGGGGAGGAUAAUAUCGGCUCAACGAAAUUAAAUGCGCUUGCUGAUGAUGGUGGUGGAGGCGGAGGUGGUGCUAUUGGUAUUGUUACACCAUCGGUUGGCAAUCGCUUACCCCUGAAACAUCAUCCAACGGUAACAACGGCGCCUGCAACCACAAAUAAUUCCGUUACACAACCCCUAUUGGCUAAAAUUAAUUCAUAG